AACCCACGAUGCUGAAAACGGCAUCAGGGCUGGGGAGCCGGUGUGGCACGGCCGCCUCCAGCCCUGCCCUGCCUGCACCCGCGCGUGGCACCAACCAGGACCAACUGGGAUGGACUGGGACAAAGCCAGGACAUGUCCUACCCAGCCCCACCGCGCCCGCGGCCCCACGGCAAUGGGAUCCCUGCCUGCCAGGACAGGACCAGACCUGCGCGGCAGGGUGGGACUCUGCGUCGCUCCAUGGUCAGGAUCCGGCCCCACUGUGGGGGCGCCUUUGGGCGCUGCUUCCAGCUGAUGGAGUUGGCCACCGGCAGGGUCUACGCAGCUAAGGUCAUCCCACGAGCCCGUCUCACCGUGGUGGGCAUCGCGGAGAGGGUGGAGCGGGAGCGGGAGCUGCAGAGUCGCCUGCGCCAUCGGCACAUCGUCCGCCUCCACCGGUACUUCACUGACCACAGCCACGUCUACCUGCUGCUGGAGUACUGCAGCCGGAGGACCCUCGCCGACAUCCUGCGGGCCCGAGGGAGGCUGACGGAGCCGGAGGUGCGGUACUACCUGCAACAGAUCAUCUCGGGGCUGCGCUACCUCCACGGCCAAGGAAUCAUCCACCGGGACCUGAAGCUGAGUAACUUCUUGGUGACAGAGGAGAUGGAGGUGAAGAUCGGGGAUCUGGGGCUAGCGAGGCGGGAGGCAGCAGCCGGCCGGCGCUGGGGGGCGCUCUGUGGAACACCCAGCCACCUGGCCCCAGAGGUGCUGGACCGCAAGGGACACGGGGUGGCCUCAGACAUCUGGGCGCUAGGCUGUGCCGUGUACACGGUGCUGACGGGGAGCCCCCCCUUUGAGGCAGCUCAACGGCAGGAGCUGUACCAGCGCAUCCGGGCAGCACAUUACCCGCUGUCCCCGCACCUCUCGGCCCACGCGAGAGCCCUCAUCGCCCGCCUGCUGGCCCCCGAUCCCACAGCACGGCCCAGCCUGCAGGACGUGCUGGAUCACGGCUUCUUCACCCAGGGCUUCACACCGUACACGCUGCCGCCCCGCGCCUGCCGCUCGGUGCCCAUCUUCAUGGGACAGGUCCCACUGUGCAGGCUGCUGCACGGGGCUGCCACCGCACUGCGGAGAGGAUGGCUGUGCCAGGACUUACCCCCCUGCCACACUUAG